AUGACCACGACAUCACUCAUAUUCAAUCUCCACUGCCACUCCUGCUGCCACAAAUAUAUCUCAAUGACGGAUUGCUCGAUCCUAUAUCUCGAUAAUGCUACACCUGCUCUCGAUUUGUCUACCGCAAUUCAGAUGAUUGAAAGUCUCAAAGAAUGGGCUAAAUUAGGAAAAAGAUCUUCAAUCGUAGGAUUACGUCAGGCUUCAGAUUCAUUAUAUUCUCGAUUCAAUAAGCUUCUCCUGCUCUAUUCAGAAAACCAGAUUUACUUUGGACCAAUCUCCGAGGCAGUGAAAUAUUUUGAAGAACUGGGCUUCGAACGAGCCGAAGCACCACCUGCAGCUGAUUUCCUCUGUGCAGUCACCGAUCCGGAGACUUGUCGCAUUCGAGACGGUUAUCAUGAUCGUGUACCCCGUACCCCGCUCGACUUCGUGAAGGCCUACAAGCACUCUAAGCAAUAUGAUACCCUUAAACAGGAGAUGAUUGAAUACGAGUCGCUCUAUCCUUCCUCCGGGCCGGCUCAUCACAUCUUACACGCCAAUCGCGCCAAGAAAGAUAGGUGGACACCUAAUUCCUCAUCAUAUACAGUCAAUUACUUCAGACAGGUAGCAUACCUUGUCUUAAGGCAGUGGGCUUUGAUUCGAGCCGAUCUACGACCAUACAUGACAAAGACAAUAGUGAAUGUAAUGCUGUCAUUCAUCAUUGGCUCCUUAUUCUAUCAACUUCCAGCUACCACUGAAGCAGCUUUUACCAGAGGAUCGGUCCUGUUCCUUUCAAUCCUGUUCAAUGGAUACCUUCAACUAUCAGAAUUGGCCAACACACUCGCUGGCCGUCCUAUAGUUCAACGACAUCGACGAUUUGGGUUCUAUUCUCCAGGUGCACUCGCAUUAGCUCGGAAUAUUAGCGAUCUUCCUUUGAUUGCAUUUCAAGUUUCACUCUUUGGUUCCAUCACAUAUUUUAUGGCUGGUGUACAAGCUGAUAUCACGCACUUCCUAACAUACCUUUUGAUUGACCACGUUCUUGAACUAAUUCUGGUAUCGAUCACAGUUUAUGCUACGUCUCUUAAUUUAUCGGCCAUCUUUAGGAUGUUUGCGUCAUUAUCACCAUCAUUCGGCGAGGCAAUGAGAUAUCGUGGCAUCACGCUUAAUAUACUUGUAGUAUGGAUUCAAUACUACAUCGAUCCGAUUUCUUAUGCUUAUGAGGAAAUCCUGGCGAGCGAGUUUCGUGGACUUGAAUUAAACUGCUCCAAGCAACAUAUUGCACCCAGCGGACCGUCGUAUAAUGAUCCAGAUUAUCGAACUUGUGCAGGCCCAGGUGCUCAAAUAGGCUCAUUAAUAGUGAAAGGUGAAGAUUACCUAAAGGAAUCUUAUGGGUUUUCAUCCAACAAUUUGGUUCCCAACUUGCUGUCGAUCCUCGGCUUGGCCCUCAUAUUCUUUUUUGCUUCAAUUUGGUUCAGCUCUACUUUAGACUUUUUCAAAUUGGGUGCAGUAAGAGUGUUCAAAGAUAGCAAAAGUUUUAGAAAUAAGUUGAGGAAGCUGGAAGGUAUAGAAGAGUCGGAGGAAAGCAAGGAAGGAGAGGAAACUAAUGGCAAUGAUGAUAAUAUGGUUAGGGCCCAUCUACUUGAUGUACAUGAUGGGUUGAUCGGUGACUCCUUGGCUCAAUUUGACCCGGCAGUCGUAACUUUUAAAGAUCUUAGUUGGUCAGUCAAGACGUCAAGUGAUCCUGUUGACCUUCUCACUGGAAUCACAGGCUAUAUCCAGCCUGGCAAAGGUACAGCGCUACAGAUGGCUCAAUGUCCGGUAGGGUGUUGGACCUACAAAUCUAUUGGUUUUGUCGGACAAAUUGAUUGCCAUUGUGAAAAAUCAACCGUCAGAGAGGCUUUGAGAUCCUCAGCUUUACUUCGACAACCGCGUUCGGUACCACGUUGGGCCAAACUAGCAGAAUCACCUACCACUGAACCGUCCACAUCUAUCCAUGAUUUGCCGCAAGCUUCUUUUCCUCAGCGAGUCUUCAUCACCAUCCUUGAUGAAUUGGUUUACAAGUUUGCUAGACUCAUUUUGGGUGAUGUAGUACAACCUACUGGUACAGUUUAUGCUGUUGAGUUUUCUCAUUGA